CUGCAAGUAUGAGAGCGUACGCCGGGCAGCACAGUGCUGUGGGCUGAAAGAAGUGGGAGAAGAUGAGGAGUGGACAGUGUAUUGGACGGACUACUCGGUCUCUCUGGAGCGCAUCAUGGAUAUGAAGCGUUUUCAGAAAAUCAACCAUUUUCCAGGCAUGAUAGAGAUCUGCCGUAAGGACUUGUUGGCUCGCAACCUUAACCGCAUGCUCAGGCUUUUCCCCAAGGAAUACAAUAUCUUUCCCCGCACUUGGUGCCUGCCAGCUGACUACGGAGAUUUCCAGGCCUACAGAUGCACAAGGAAAACCAGAACAUUCAUCUGCAAGCCAGAGAGCGGCUGCCAAGGGAGAGGUGUCUUCAUAACACAUAAUUUAGAGGAGAUCAAGCAUGGAGAGCAUAUGAUCUGUCAGCAGUAUAUCUCUAAGCCUUUCCUUAUUGAUGGCUUUAAAUUUGACAUGCGUAUCUAUGUGCUGGUCACAUCUUGUGACCCGCUGAGGAUUUUUGUCUACAAGGAGGGUCUUGCCCGGUUUGCCACCAUGAGGUACAUUGAUCCCAGCAGCAGAAACCUGGUAAAAAAGGAUGAUAUCUGCAUGCAUUUGACCAACUAUGCCAUCAACAGACAUAAUGAAAACUUCGUCCAGGAUGACAUGAUGGGCAGUAAGAGGAAACUGUCCACCCUGAAUGCCUGGAUGACAGAAAACAGCUAUAACACAACAAAACUCUGGGAAGAUAUUGAAGAUAUUAUUAUAAAGACUCUUAUUUCAGCUCACGCUGUUGUGAAGCACAAUUACCAAAGCUUCUUUCCAAACCAUACUACUGGCUGCGCCUGCUUUGAGAUACUGGGUUUUGAUAUUUUGCUAGACAGAAAGCUGAAGCCAUGGCUGCUAGAGGUGAACCACUCUCCCAGCUUCAACACAGACUCUCGCCUAGACCGUGAGGUGAAGGAUGCUCUUCUCUGUGAUACCAUCAGCCUGAUAAAUGUGCAUGCCUGUAACAAAUGGAAGGUGCUGGAGGAAGACAGACAGCGGGCAAAGGAACGGCUCCUCCAGGCCCGUCAGACUCCCCGCACAUCCAGACGUGAGGAGUUAGAGAGCGACCAGGCUGCCUGGCUGGCUCAGGCAGAGAAGUAUGAGAACUCGCACUUGGGUGGUUACCGGCGCAUUUAUCCAGCAUGUGGAACAGAGAAGUAUGAGCCAUUUUUCAAGCAGAGCAGAUCCCUCUUCCAGGAAACAGCAUCAUCCAAAGCACGAGAGGAGUGUGCCAGGCAGCAACUGAAGGAAAUCCACCUGAAAAAAGAAAAGUUGGAAGCUCUUACCAGGAAGAAGAAAACAAAGAGGAAGGAAGACCUGCAUGGAGAGUCAGCUGGGGACAAAUCCCAGAUCCAUAAUAAAACCAGAGCUCCUACAACCCACCUCACCUACAGAAGCACAAAAGCAUGGGACAGAAAGAUACAGUGUGUGCAGUACGACUCUAUGCAACCCCAGAAUAUUGUGGAAUAUGAGGAGAAGAAAAGAGUCAAUGCUCUUCAGCGGCGUGAGAACCUUAUCCGACGCCUGGGCAUUAUAAAUAAGCUCUCCCAGCUGCUCCCCACAACCAACAGACCAGCUGACACCCAGAGGUCCUGCACCAUUAUCUCCAAGAGCCAGCCACAGUUUCUCUUGGAUGCCCUCAGAGGCCAGGACACUCACCACUUAGUGAUGCUCAUCCCGCUCUCGCCCCUGGGAGGUGCAGUCUGGCCUUUGGGACAGCAGCUUGUACACAAAUUUAGAGCCAAAGCCCAGCCACCAGCUGCCCUGGGCUCAGAUCCUGCCACCGCGGGCACCUUCUGCAUUCAAGGCCAGAGCAUCCUUUACCAUGAGCAGCACAAUGCACUGCAGGGCCUGCGGGCACAGGACAGGGGCUGGCUGUGGGGCCAGGCAGGAUGGACAGCAGCAGUUACCCAGCCCCGCACCGAACCCAAGGGGCUGCAGGCGAGAGGCCAGUGGCUCCCUGGUGCUGGAAACAAGGCAGAAGACUGUAAGUAUCACAUUCCCUUGAGUCUGUCUGCAUUGUGCGGGGAUCAAAUCGGUGGCCCGGGGCUGUGGGCAGCCAUGGGAGCUGUGGGAUGUUCCUGGGCUUGCCAGGAUAGGAGGAGUGGGUGGGCUGGAUGGAGCUUAGAAUCCCUGGGGUGCUCAGACCCUGAGGUGGGGAUGCUGUACUCUUCUCUGGGAACUGGUGGACACUGGAAGUCUCUGACUGAGGCUGGUAGUAUCCCAUUUGCAGGGGCAAGGAAGAAAGUGGGUUGUUUCCCAGUACCAAGGGUUGAUGUGUUGGGAGAGGGGAACGCGAGAAGCCCAGAAGUACUUGAGAGUAGGGUCAGAAGUGCAGCAGAUGGGACAUCUGAAGGGGCACAUUACCCCGCCUGUCGGACCCUGCCUACAGGGCUGCACCCACACUCCCACCACCUCUCCAUGUCUGCCUGUCCUCUUCCAGGUGAAGCUGGUGAGCUGUCCUUCCACUCAGGCAACUGUCCCCCGGGGUCCCCGGUCAGCACUGCGGAGGCCACAAGCGACGGCACCUUCAGCCACGUUGCAGCUCAGGAGCUCCCCAUCUCCGCUGCUCGCGUGAAGCACAUGUGUGCCUCGCGCCACGCCAGCGCCUCGCGCCACGCCAGCGCCUCGCACGCUCGCAGCCUGACAAGCGCAGCCCCGGUCCCGGCCAUGGCGGCGCUGCUGCGGCGCGGGCUGCGAGCGGUCGCGCUCCUCGCCGGGACCCCGCGGCGGACGGCGGCGGCGUGGACAGGGGACACGGAGCCACCGGACCCGGUGCUGGAGGAGGCCGAGAGGGCGCGGCGGCGGCGGGUGGCGGCACGGCUGCAGCGGCUGCGGCGGGAGCUGGGCGGGGAGCGCGGCCCCCCCGAGCGCACCCUGACCUGGCAGGCGAUGGAGCAGAUGCGGUUCCUGCGGCAGGAGCUGCCCGAGGAGUGGCCGCUGGAGCGCCUGGCCCAGGGCUUCGGCGUCAGCCCCGACGUGGUGCGGCGGGUGCUGCGGGGCCGGGGUUGCCCCCCGCCGCACCGCCGCCUGCGGCAGGACGCCAAGGCGCUGAGCGCCGCCCCGGGCCCGCCAUCGGCCGCCGGCGCGGAAGUGCGCGCCCCCGACGGGACGCUGCUGUACCGGCUGCCGCGAGGCCGGGGCGGGCCGGGGCCCGGCGCGCAAUAAACGGCUGGAGGGGACCCGCCUCCCGCGCCGUUUCCGCCGCGCCGGCCAUGGGCUCGGAGGCGGCACGGCUGCUGGCGGCGGCGGACUUCGCUGCCAGAAAGCACAAGGCGCAGCGGCGGAAGGACCCCGAGGGCACCCCCUACAUCAACCACCCCAUCGGUGCGGAGCCCUGCCGGGGGGGAGCCCCUGGACCCCCUCCCGACCCUGGGAGGGAGUCCCCGGGAUUCCCUUUCCACUGCCCCAGAGAGCUGCCCGGCCCCGGGACCCCCCGCCCCGGCCCCUGGAGUGAGCCGGGCCCCCUCCACCAUCCCGCAUCCGACUGCCGGCAGAGCUCCUGCAGCGCCCCCCCCCUCCGUAUUCGGCUAUGGGGGCCCCCCCCCACGCCGUCACCCCCCAGCGGACAGUGCCUAUGGAGGCUGCUGUCCCCACAGCCCCCCCCCGGCGGCUGCCAGCCCCCCGGACCUGCCUGCCCAAGGCUGUCACCCCACAGGAUGUGCCAGCGGGGUCUGCACCCCCCACCCCCCCAGCCCCGGGCACUGCCCAACCAGGGGGAUCACAGGGGACCCCUCGCUGCCCAUCUGUCACCCCUGCAAGCCACUGCCCUGGCCCGGACCUGCCUGCUGCCCCCCUGCACCCCCUCCCCACCUCUCUGCUCUGCA